UGCACAGCUAGCUGUGAUGCCAAAGCGGAAUGUGACCCUGACAACUGGGGCUCAGCUUAUGUCAAUGCCAGUACAUGUCCUCUGAACGUCUGCUGCAGUUCGUAUGGCUUCUGUGGUACAACGAGCGAGUUCUGUGGCGAUACUACCGUUACCAGACCAUCGUGCGAUGCCUCAAGCCAAAAUGUGUCUCGGAUCAUUGGCUAUUAUGAGGCCUAUGCCAUGUCCUCGCGUGCCUGCGACGUUCUUCGCCCUACCGAGAUCCCCUAUGGAGUUUAUACACACGUCAACUUUGCCUUCGGUACUAUUGAUCCCACCACAUUUGCGGUUCAAGCCACGGACGAAACUGAGGCAACCCUCCUGCAGGAGAUUGGUUCGCUCAAAUUAAUCCAACCGAACCUGCAAAUUUGGCUAUCGCUGGGAGGGUGGUCAUUCAGUGAUGCCGACGAGUCCACUCACUAUACAUUCUCCAAUCUGGCGGCUUCCGAGGCAGACCAAAAGGCCUUCUUCGCCUCGCUGAUCUCAUUCAUGGGCACAUAUGGCUUCGAUGGUGUCGAUAUUGACUGGGAAUACCCGGUCGAAGCAGACCGCGGUGGCCGAUCGGAUGAUUACGACAAUUUCCCCAGUUUCCUUAAGAGCAUGCAGAGUAGCUUCUCAGGAACAGGAUCAGAUAAGGGAAUUAGUAUCACUCUGCCAUCCAGUUACUAUUAUAUGCAACAUUUUGAUAUUGUGAGCCUAUCGAAAUAUGUGGACUGGUUCAACAUUAUGGCCUAUGACCUGCAUGGGACCUGGGAUGAAGACAGCUCUUGGACUGGCCCAUAUAUCAAUGCUCAUACAAACAUGACCGAGUUACAGACCACGCUCGACCUGCUUUGGCGCAACGACAUCGACUCUAGCAAGGUGGUACUGGGCAUGGCGUACUACGGCCGUAGCUUUACUCUCACAGAGGCGAGCUGCUCGGAGCCUGGAUGUAGAUUUGUCUCUGGUGGCAAUGCUGGCAACUGUUCGAUAACUGCCGGGGUGCUACUCAACCCGGAGAUUAUGAAUAUCAUCAGUGCCAACGGCCUUGCCCCGACGCUUUACAAGGAUGCCGCUGUAAAAGCCAUCAACUGGGAGAAUCAGUGGGUCUCUUACGAUGACGAAGAUACUUGGAAGCUGAAGAGUGAGUGGCUCAAAGGACAGUGUAUAUCUGGGGUCAUGGUCUGGGCGGCCACCCAGGACGACACCAAUGGGACCUGGUCUAAGGCCCUCAUGUCUGGUCUGGGGGUGGAGAUCAUGCAGCCUGUCAAGAUCCAGUCGCUGUCCGAUCUCGAAACCACUACCACCACUACGACUCGUGAUACCUUGAGCCAAUGUCGUUGGACCAACUGCGGAGACGAGUGCCCCAGCGGAUUUAAGGAAGUCCCGCGUGAUGGGACUAAGUUGACUAUGACCGACACCACCGGCUGCUCACCAAGCCGGGAGCACAAGUUCUGCUGUCCGGCCAGUGACACGGAUUUUCCUACUUGCAGAUGGCGUGGAUUCCACAAUACCGGCUUCUGCACGGCUGGUUGCAAGGAUGGGGAGACCGAGGUGGGCUCCCUGAGCGAAGGCUGCCGGACGAGUCACCAGAGUGCCUGCUGUACCGUAACCUCCUCUACCAAAGCCUACUCCAAGUGCAAGUGGGUGGGCAGUUCGCCACCGUGUGCUUCGCCUGGCAAGAAUCAUACCUGCCCCGACGACUAUCCCCAUUUUUUGUUCGCAGACAGUAAUGGGGCUGGUGGCGAGCAAACCUGCAGCUCGGGACGCAAAAGCUACUGCUGCACGGAAAUCCCCGACGAAUUCACUGAUUGCAAGUGGUACAACAAAGAAACUACGGUCAUUGGACCGGAGUCUUACUACUGUGAGACCUCGUGUCCUACCAAUUAUAUCCGUCUUGGGAUGGAGGCCGGAAGCUGCGGGUACAACAUGCAAGCCUACUGCUGCGGAGGCAAGACCACGACCACAACCACUACUACCACUCCCAACGACCCCUACGCCAGCUGGAUCGGCUGGCAAUACGCGGAGUUUGUCACGCUACUGAGGGGCUAUAUGGAGAACCCCUAUUGCUUUGACGAGGAGCUGAGCGUACCGGGAAUGGACUAUUUCUACAGUGAAGAGGAUGGCACUAUUAAUAAGAAGAAGCGAGAGAUUAUUCUCGGAAGAACCUGCAGUUCGGCCCAGUGGCAGGAGUUGAUUAAGUGGGUAGGGCUUCUAUUCAGCUCCAGUACAAGUGACUUUGCUGUGGCAGCGCUGCGACAAGUCUGGGAUGAGGAAUUUGCAGGCUACUAUUCCACUACUCUGCAAUACGCCACUCUGGCCCCUUUUCUCGCCACCUUUGCCAGUGCGGGGCAAGAUAUUACCGCGUGGCUCACGGAUAUGCUUCGGGAUCCGAUCAGUGCGGCCGCGGACAUUGAAGAGGUCGAACUCGCGAUGAACGAACUCUGCACGCUCGAUGAUGACGACGGUGCGAGCAGUGAAGGUAGCAGUGGUAGCUCCACGUCGACCAAGCGGUCAUUGCACGGGGAGUUGUUGCUACCCCGGCUAGAAGGGAGUAAGCGACAUAUCAACGGCAUAGUAAAGUCUCCUGGAAUGAAGAGCAUUCUAGAAGCAGUCAAUGCCGGUACUCUCCCUCUCAACUACGCACGCUGGUUGGAGUAUCAGGCACGGAACGCGAGAGACAACCCUUACAUUGUCCCGGGGGUGAUCCUGGAACUGGCUUACUGGAUCGGCCCCGAAGUGGGAACGGUGGGCGACAGCACGUACGACCAGUAUCGCGAUAUGACGGACGGCACUGGAGCAGACCAGUGGGUCAUCUUCCAUCUGCACUUCGACGAGCGCGGGGUGGAUUCCAAUGUCCAUCCUUUUGUUUCCAUCACUGAAGGGGGCGCGACUGCGACCUACUCACGCACCGCGUCCAUCAGAGUGUACCACGGCCGGUAUACCGUCACCGCCGGCAAUAACCUGCGCGUCCAGUACGAUUCGGGGUCCAGUACUAGCCGGUCCAGCGCAUUUUACUGCUCCGGCAACGCCCACUGGGAUAUCGGCCGUACCAGCCUGACUCCCACGGCCCGUACCUGGGGUGCCGAAUUGCAGACAUGGGGAACCAACCUGAGAGAGACGUAUCUGGAUUCAGACGCCUGGCGGCUUGUCUAUCCCGACCUUAGUACGACCAACAAUGAGAUUGACGCGGAUUGGAUUACCGCGAUCAAUCCUCCGAGUGUGUAUACAGCUGAUAGCUGGAUUAUCGGUCCUGACGGGCUGACUACUGACGUAUAUAUUCCUGCAAUUCCCCCGCCUUAG